UGCAAAUAGAAGGCAUAGAGCAAGAGUCUGACAAUAUUGAAAAUAUAAUUAAUCAAAGGUAGUUUAAGGACAGGUUGAAUGAGUGUAGCACCAGAGACACCUUCCAAGAAGUGCAAAAGGAUGAUAAAACUCAAGAAAAAGUCAUCAACUGUAUGUCCAGAGCAGAUCAACAGAAUGAACAAAAAUCAGAUGGUGAUCACAAAUCUGUUACCAGCUCAUUCGGUCAAAGGCCAGAAGAAAAGAGUGGCUGUAUCAGAAUGACGAAAAAGGUUCUGAAAGACAUCUGCAAACAGCAGAAAUUAUACAUGACCCCAUACUUAAAUGAUACGCUUUACUUGCAUUAUAAAGGAUUCGACCGCCUGGAGAACCUUGACGAGUAUACUGGAUUGAAGUGUUUAUGGCUGGAAUGCAACGGCUUAACAAAAAUCGAGAAUUUGGAGGCCCAGACAGAGUUGCGUUGCCUCUACUUGCAACUCAAUUUAAUUAGCAAAAUUGAAAACCUUGAACCCUUACAAAAGCUGAAUUCCCUCAAUAUCAGCAACAACUACAUUAAGACCGUUGAGAAUCUCUCUUGUCUCAAAGUCCUGCAGACUCUGCAGAUUGCUCACAAUAAGUUACAAACGGUGGAAGACAUCCAGCACUUGCAAGAAUGCCCAAGUAUUUCUGUUCUCGAUCUUUCCCACAACAAUCUAAGGGACCCAAGUAUUGUAACUGUUCUGGAGGCCAUGCCUAAUUUGCAUGUGCUGAAUUUGAUGGGAAACCAAGUGAUAAAGGAAAUUGCUAAUUAUAGAAAAACACUUACUGUUCGACUAAAACUACUAACAUAUCUGGAUGACAGACCAGUCUUCCCAAGGGAUAGGGCCUGUGCAGAAGCCUGGGCUGUUGGAGGGCUUGAAGCUGAAAAAGCAGAAAGGGAAAAAUGGGAAACCAGAGAGAGAAAAAAAAUCCAAGAUAGCAUCGAUGCUUUAGCAGCAAUCAGGCAAAAAGCAGAGGAUAAUAAAAGACAAAGGUAUAUGGAAGGAAGAGAUGCAAGUGCAAAAUGUGGAAAUGGAGAUGUAAGAGACAUCCUAGAAGGAGGACCUGCAAAUUCAGAUGCCCAUGCUGGAAAUUCCAAUACCUCUGAGACUGCAAAUACAUCAGAAGAAGAAACUCAAAAAACUGAGAAAUUUGGAAAUGAAAGUUUUGAUGCUCAUGAGGAAGUGAUAACACUUCUACCAAAUAGGGGAGAUAAUGCAGGUUUUAUACCUGGAAAUAUUCCUGCUAGAAGUCAAGAGGAUGCGCAAGAAUCAAACUCUGACAAAUGCUCAAACUUCAACAGGAAGACAGAGGAUAUACCAAGAGAGAAGGCGACUACUGAAAAGGCCAUGCUUCCUGAACUGGCUGAAUAUGCUGAAACCAAGCAGACCAAACUGGAGACACCAGGGAAACUUUACCUUGAUGAACUGCCUGAUUUAGAAGAUAUAGAUGUAAGUGAAUUUCCUCCAGAAGAAGAAAUCUUUGUUCAAAAGGAAUAUGCCCCAAAGAUCGAAAUAAUUUCUGAAACGACGAAUGACAGUGAUUCUGUGUUAGAGGAAAACAACAAAAGCAUGUUUGAGAAUUCAGUAGGAGAAGUCCCAACAGCAAUUUUUUCAAAACCGUGUAAAAUACGUGAAGAGCAUGAAAAGGAGCACUUAAGACCUUUCAUUGAAAGCUUCUUUACAGAACCUGCUAAUUCAGAAAGCCCUUUGGUGACCAAAGAUAAACAAGCAACCCCCACAAAACCCUUGAUAGAGGAGAUUAUCACCGAGCCCCAGGAUGAUCUGCUCUUGUCACCAGUCUGCAAGCCACCCCAUGACCCAUGCCCGUGGGAAGAGGACUCCAAGAUUACAGUUGCUCGCCCUGGGAAUGGCAGUGAUGGAGAAGUGCAGUGCCUGGCUGAGGGUGAAGGAUGUCCUCAUGAAGCACAAGAUGACAAGGACAGCAAGAGAGGAUUAGAUUGA